GUGGUGGCGGCGAAGCAGAGUGUCGCGGCGCGCAGGCGCGGUGGGCGGCGGGCCGGCGGCGAUGGCGACCUUCUUCGGGGAGGUGGUGGUGGCGCCGUCCCGCGCCGGCGUGGACGAUGAGGAGUGGGCGGAGGAGGCCCGCGAGGAGACGCCCGAGGACCGGGAGAUCCGCAGGGAGCUGGAGAAGAAAAGGGAGAUCGACGUCCUCUGGACCGUGAAGUCGGGCGCGUCUACGGAAAGCACUGCCGACGAGCCGUUUGCGUGCUCUAAAUUUAUAGUAGCGAUAGGACAUAACGCUGCAGCUUUCCUGUCGUCUUUUAUUCUGGAUUCUGUAUGUUGGGAAGUAGUUGGAGUUGUGAAGCUGUGGAAUGAGUGGUGUCGAACAUCCAACACAACAACUGUCCUCCCGACAGAUUCUUUCUGUUUGUUUUACCGAUUAAUAUCAGAUCCGACAGUUUUGUUGUGCCAGUGUAGUUGCUACGUAGCUGAGGAUCAACAGUUCCAGUGGCUUGAAAAGGUUUUUGGCUGUAUGCAGAAGGAGGGGUUGCAAGUAACCAUACUUUCAACAUGUCCUGUAGCUGAUUAUAAAACUCAGGAAUCCACUUUAACACUUCCAUCUCCAUUUCUGAAAGCCUUGAAGACAAAAGAAUUCAAAGAGCAGGUCUGCUGCCCACUGCUGGAACAACCUAACAUUGUGCGAGAUCUUCCUGCUGCUGUUUUGAGUUAUUGUCAGGUAUGGCAGAUUCCUGCAGUGUUGUACCAGUGUUACACUGAUGUCAUCAAACUGGACACGGUUACAAUUGAAGCGUUCAAGCCUCUGCUUUCUACUAAAAUCCUGAAGAGUUUAGUCAAGGAUGCAUCUGAAAGCACAAAGAUUUUGAAGAAGUUGCUGACAACCAAUGAAACUCACAGUAAUAUCUAUAUCUAAAGAGGACAUUUAUGACACAGACUGCACUUUUGUGAACUCCACUUUCUUCUGCAGUGUACAUUUUGGAGUUUUAUUUGCUUCCUUAAAAGUGGAAUAAAUUCCAGUAGAUUUUUACUUCUGCACUCAUUAUUGUUACUUUUCUUAUUGUUAACUUUUCAUCGCUACAAACACAUACAUUUCUUCUGCAUGGCUUGGGAGACUUUCUUCUGGAGCAAUUUUAGGAAAGAUACCUUGAAUAUGAAAAGCAACUUCUUUUUCUCCUCCUGAAGGGAUUGUCUUACCUAAAUGUAUACCUUUUAUAAGUAAAAGAGGAAAUGCAGUUAAGGAAUUCUGUCUGUAUCUAAUGAGAACACUAUUUUUUACUUUUAUUUUGAGGCACAAAAGUUUUCUUAAUGUUCAGUCCUGUUUAAAGACUUGUCUGUGAUGAAGAAAAUAUGCCCUGCAUCUUUUUGCAUACGUAAAUAUAUAUAAUUUUUUGUGUGUGUAUGUAUGAAUGACACAUAGAUAUGUAUGUAUGCACAUACAUUUUUUUAUAUAUGUGUUGAUACAAAAUAUAGUAACUAAAUGUGGUAAAUACCUUUAAAAGACUUACUAGUGGAAAAUAAUCUUAAACUUGCUUUACAAAUUAGUAAGAGGCAGGAAUGUGGAGCUGUUUCGAAUUGCAUGGAAGGGCUGUGACUUGGAUUCACUGCGUAGAUGGUCACAGGUGUUUAGGAUGCUGCUGCCUGCAGAUCUGGCAGGAAGAGACAUGUGCCCACAUUCAGAUGCUGCAGCUUCCAUUUGGAGUGCCUUGCUGAGAGCUCGCCUUUGUUGGCAGUUUCAGCUUCAGACCUUGAGCAGGAGCCGUAGAGAUGGAGGAACAUUGCUUGCUGUCAGAGCUCUCAUAGUGAUGGGAACCUCUCCUGGUGAAACGGGGUGAUAGGCUUGCAAGCUGCUUCAGCUGGAUUUGCCAGGCCAAACUGAUUUAAUCUAUCCACUUUAAAACUCCAAGUUGCUGGCAACAGUAGGAAUAGUACAAGAUCUCAUAUGCAGAGUAUGUGAUUUUUAGAGGAAAGUAAAAGUUCCAAGUUCUAAAGUGUCUCAAAAAAUUCCCUGAAAGUUGGUAACAAUUUCAGCAGUGUAUUUAAAAUAAUUACUAGGAUUGGCAUGCAGUUCUGACUUGUAUUUAACCUCUGUUUACUUUAACAUUUUGUUUAAGAUAAUGGUGUUAAAGAUAAUAUUUCUUUUGCUACCAGGUAAUUCACUGGUGGUGUCACUGCACAGAGAUCUUUAAAUUGCAUGUAGCUUAUCCUUUUGGAACAAAAGGAUAACAGCUUCAAAGUUCUCUACUAAGUUUAACUUUGACUUACGCUGGAUGCCCGGUGGACUUUUUUGAACAGUGUAUUACUUUAACAGAACUGUCAUACCUUCACAUUUGAAAGUGGUUGGCUUAGUCAACAUCCACUGAAGCAAGUAACUCCUGGCUUUAGCAGGCCCUCUACAACUUCUGGUUUGGGAAAUUUUUAACUGCACGCUGCAUCGCAGUUUCAGCGGUUCUUGAUGUGGAUAACAAGUUGCAUAUCAGUUAAGACAUUGAUUUAAAUUUCUGUUAAUACAACUACAGAUAAGCAAGCAACUGUUGCUUUAAGUGGUACUGUACUUUGGAACAAACUCUGAAGUAUGAAGUGCAAGACAUGGUUCCUUCUGGGGUUUUUUUUUUUCCAUUUCUGUGCAGCAUUUUAAUUAAAACCUGUUUGUAUGCGUGA